AUGGGUUCCGUUUCCGGUUUGCGGCCAGACCAAAUGCAGCUCAUCAAAGCGACAGUUCCUGUCCUGGUGGAGCAUGGCAAGACCAUCACGACUGUUUUUUACAAGAACAUGUUGGACGCACACCCCGAGCUGAAAAACGUCUUCAACAUGCCCAAUCAGACCAACGGGCAUCAGCCUCGUGCUCUAGCGGGUGCCCUAUUUGCCUAUGCCUCGAACAUCGACAACUUGGCCGCAUUGGGCCCUGCCGUGGAGCUAAUUUGCAACAAACACGCUUCUCUCUACAUUGAACCCGAACACUACGAAAUCGUUGGGAAAUACUUGAUCGAAGCCAUGGGCGAGGUUCUUGGAGACGCUCUCACUCCAGAGAUCAAGGACGCCUGGGCAGCUGCUUACUGGCAGCUAGCAGAUAUCAUGAUCGGCCGCGAGAAGCAAAUCUACCAACAAAACGAAGGAUGGACAGACUGGCGCGACUUCAAGAUUGUCGACAAGGUCAAGGAAUCCGACGAGAUAACUUCUUUCUACCUGGCUCCCGUUGAUGGCAAGCCGCUGCCUGCGUUUCAGCCAGGCCAGUACAUUUCGGUCAAGGUUCAUAUUGACGAGCUGCAACAUGAUCAGCCUCGCCAGUACUCACUCAGCGACAAACCAUCCCCUAACUAUUAUCGCAUCAGUGUGAAGAAGGAAAUCGGCUUGAAAGCGAGCGAGCCCGGUGCGUCAACUCACCCUGGCUACGUUUCCAACCUGCUUCACGAGACCAAAAAGAAGGGCGAUUUAGUCAAAGUCUCCCAUCCCUGUGGCGAUUUCUUCUACUCCUCAAGCGAGGAAAACCAGCCUGUCGUUUUGAUUUCUGCUGGUGUCGGCCUCACCCCCAUGACCUCAAUUCUGAACACAUUGAUUGCCAAGUCAUCAACCACAAAUCAAAAGCUUCACUUCAUUCACGGUGCUCGAAAUUCCAAGGCUCGUGCCUUCCAAGAUCAUAUAUCCUCCAUUGCGAAAGACAAUUCGAAUAUUCAGGCGACUUUCUUCACCAGCCACCCUUCCGCCGACAACAAGCAAGGGGUUGAUUACCACCAUGCUGGCCGAGUGGAUCUGAGCAAACUAGAUGCUAAUGAUGAGUUAUUCCUGGAUAACUCCCAAACACAGUACUACGUUUGUGGACCUGCGGAAUUCAUGAAUGGUACGAAGGCCAGCCUUGAGGCUUUGGGUGUCAAAUCGGGAAACAUCAAGAUGGAGCUCUUCGGAACAGGAGGCUUGUGA